AUGAAAGUGUUGCAUAUGAUUAAUGCAAACAGUCCCGAUGAACUUUGUAGAGAAAUAUGUUGUGAGCUGGAAAACGACUGUCUUGAAAGAAAAUGUGUAGAUUGUAAGAAUAGAACCCUGCCAAUUUUGCCCUAUGAGGAAACAGAAAACUGCUCAUACAAGAAGUGGGUUUUAAAGACAGAAAAAUACAUCAUUAAAGGUGAAGAAAAAACAACAAAAAGGAAUGUAAAAGAUAUCAUUCGUUGUGUAAAGGCAGAGUUAGUUGCAGAAUUAAAUAGAAACAUGCCAAAAUAUAUGUUGCAUAUAUCUAACAUGAGACAUCAACACCGUAAGAUACGGGAAAUUAAAGAAAAUCUUGCAAGUGGUACGGAGGCUUUGAUCCACAUCGAUUUUUCGGAAAAUUAUAAUUGCAAAUAUAAUCGAGAAAUUCAAAGUGCUCAUUUUGGUGGAUCAAAGCCCCAAAUUUCCAUUCACACUGCAAUGUGGUAUGAGAAGGAUCCACAAGGUACCAUUAAAGCAUAUCCUUACUGCACAUUGUCAGAAAACCUACGGCACGACCCGAUUGCAAUUUUGGCACAUUUAAAACCUUUAAUUAAGCACAUUAAGGUAAAAAUGCCAUUUCUUAAGAAAGUUCACAUCUGCAGUGACGGACCAAGCACCCAGUAUCGCAAUAGAUCCAUGUUCUACCUAAUGGCUACUGAAAUUCCCAAAUUGUUAGAUGUAGAGGCAAUUUCGUGGAACUACUUUGAAAGUGGACACGGUAAAGGUGCUGUAGAUGGUGUAGGCGGCUGUCUUAAACGAACCGCCGAUCGUCUGGUCGCUUGUCAAUAUGAUCUUCAAAAUUUGGAGUUAAUGGUUUUUCAUCUAACAAAGGCAUGCCCAGGAAUGGAAAUCGUCGUCAUUUCUUCAAGCAAUAUUUCAGAAUUUGAUAACAAGAUACCCAUCAGCGGUAUUAAAACUUUUGUUGGAACGAUGAAAGUGCACCAAGCCUGUUGGACAACAACCAAUCCUGAUUAUUUAGAAUUACGUCGCUUGAGUUGCACUGUUUGUCCUGAAUCAGUUAGAUGCAUUCACUAUAGUCUGGGACAUUACGAAAUAAAACAGAACAGACCAAAAAAAGUUGCCUACUCCGACAUUUAUACAGAUUCCGAAAAUGAAGAGGAACAAAUGAAACUUAAAACUAAAUCUCUAAAAGGUGGUAAAAAACAACGUAAAGAAGAUAACGCAAAAUGUGGUAUAUGCUUAACUCUAUACAGUAAAUCGAAAAAUAAUCUUGAAUGGAUUCAAUGCUUAAAUUGCCAAAAAUGGAUCUGUGGCAUGUGCAACAAGGGCAGCAAGAACGCUUUUUUCACUUGUGCAAUAUGCGACGAUAGCGACGAUGACUAUGCAUUAGCAACAUUAUUAAAAUGA